ACAACUGCACAAAGAAGAUGGAAAUCCAGUGUGUUAUCUUUCAAAAAAACUAGAAGAAGAAAUAAACAAGAAGCUAAACUUCCACAUCAUUAAAGAUGUCCAGGAUCCUACAUUAAGGAAUCCCUCUUCCUGCCAAUGUCAGACUCUAGACAACACGAGUGAGGAUGAACAAAAAGAAAAAUUAUUCACAUUGGGGGCACCACAACAGAAUAAUCAUCAGAGUUUCCCCGAGGAAUUACUACUGGAUCACCCAACCUUAUGUACACUUCAAAGACUUGUGGAUGUUCCUGUUACAUUGGAGUGUCUUCCAGUCAUGCAUCAUAUGAUUGGGUGUAUUCCCUCAACUAGCAAUUCAUUGCAGAUAGAACAGCUCUUUGAAAAAGUAAAUAAAUUCAUAAGUGAUAGAUCAAAAGGAUCAUGCAAACUUGAAGUAGCAGAUACUCAAAUUUAUAUAAAAACAGAGCGUGCAAAUGAGAAUAUCUCUCAGGAAAUAGGACAUGUAUUAUCACAUACCAAAGGUGACACAGUAUAUGACUCAUUCUCUUUGAAUCUGGAUAAAUUAGCUGUUCUGUUAUUCCAACUGCCAAAUAUCCGAUUACUAUGGUCACUAGACAGUCGAGUUGUGGAGGUUUAUCAGAGGAUGCUGAAUUCUGACCCCCCACUUCUCCUCCCAACCAUAAGUCUCUACCCCCUCCUAUUCUCCCAUGAUAUCAGUUUCUGGGAGAACUCCCAGCUUCCAUUCAAUGAACCUGAUUUUUUAUCUGUGAUACGAGAAGUUUGUGGAGAUCUUGUUGUGUGUGUAGAACUCCUGGACAGAUUCCACAGUGUAGAACUGAACAAAGUCAGCCGGUGCUAUCGCCUGCAAUUCCAGGCUUAUGACAGAGCCCUAAGUUACGAAACUUCCUGGAAACUCCAAAGUCACCUUAGACUGUGUGUAGCAAGUGCAAUGAAGGUGGAACUCAGGUGAACAAAGUCAGCAGGUGCUAUCACCUGCAGUUCCAGGCUUAUGACAGAGCUCUGUUACUUGGAGGAUACUCCAGUCAACUUAGCCUGUGUGUAGCGAGUGUAAUGAAAGUGGAGCUCUGGUUGUUACUACUUGAAAACGUAUGCAAGUUACCAUGAGUAUUAAAUCAUGGAGGAAAAAAUAUCUAAAUGAGACUUAUUCCAAAUGUGCUUUUUUAAAAAAUAUGUAGCAGAGCUUACAAGAA